CACGGACCGGAGGAGCACGAACACCAACGCGCAACAUGUAAAAGUAGACGGCGGUCACCGGGAACGUUGAGUGACGUCAUAGACGUAGUUCCGUCAUUGUUAUUAUUAGUAAUGAAGCGAAAGAGUAGAUUAAAUGCGUAAAUGUGAGACAUGGCAGACAUUUUACAUGUGCUGUUCCGGAGCUUUAUGUCCCGCAGUGACCAGACGAGGGCGCUGACGGCCAGUGUUACAGCACCGAGCAGCAGCACCAGCAGCAGCAGCAGCAGCAGCAGCGUCCUGGUUCUGGGAGACAACAGCGUUAGCCACUCACUGCUGCUGCUGGCGGCCGUGACCGCAGCAUCACAGCUGGGCAUCCGAGUCAUGUUCUUCACCCGGACACACAUCCGGAGACUUCCAGCGUGUGUGCAUAAAUGUGUCCCGAGCCCGAGUCCGGAGAGUUUAAAGAAAAUCCAGUUUUCCUAUCCCAGGACAGUAGAGGAGCUGCUGCAGCAGAUUGCCAGCCUUCAUGAGUCCACCAGCCCGUGUCCAGCACCUCCCUCUCUGAUCAUCGUCGACAGACUGGAGAGCUUCCUGUGCGCUCCUGGGGUCGGCAGCCACAGUGAGUUUCAGUCAGGAGAGCAGUCCUGUGCCGCUCACCUGUCGGCUCUACUGUGCGACACCGCUGCUUUUCUCACACAAGUCCUGGAGCAGCGGUCCUCGAGCGCGGGCCCCUGCCGUGUCAUCGCCUCCUUCCAGUCCGAGGGAGACGCUGGACAAACCGGCCAGGAGUCUCCCGUCCUCGACGUCCUCGAUCGUUACUUCCAAGUGCGAUGUACUCUGGACCAAAGUGGAGGACAUGAAGCUGCGACAGCAACAGGACGACAACAGGUGUGGAACAUUUACCUUUCUGGAAGAGGCAUCAAAGAAACCACGAGUACCACAGACUGUGAGGAGAAGCCUGGUGUGACCCAGGAGUGGCAGCUGCUGAUAAAUCCUAAUGGUUUAAUGGAGUUUAGAGCGGUUUGAAAAGCAGUGCUUAUUAAAGAGAGAGUUCAGUGUGAUUGUAUGAGAAACUGACACAGACACAAGGGGCGGGGCAAGAUGGAGCGGGAGAAGCCAAAAGCACAAGAAUAACAGUUCACUUAGCUGGGAGCUCCCCCAACAUCCAUUUGUAGUAGGAACUCAGAAUUUCAGCUCCCUUGAACUUGGAUUUCCAACUUGGACGUUUGGAGCAACCUCACCUGCCCCACGAGAGGAUUCUAAGAUGGCUGCCACCAAACACACACUCCUACUGUUAAGAGCUGUAGAUUAUAUAUGAACUAGUUGUAAUUGGUGUUUCCUGGUGUUUUCACUGUGAAUCUGGCUCAUGCUUGUUUUAGGUGUAGACGCUGUGCCAACGUGUCAGUACCUCAAACCAGUGUGUUAACUCAGCUCAGGUCCGUCUUUCUUUUCUCUCAGCAGCUCUUUCUCUGUUUUUCCUCCUUGUGCUAAAAUGUAAUGUCAAAAAUGUUUGACUGUUUCUCAUCUGAAGUCAAACAAAACUAAGUGCUCGAAAUGAACAAUAAAAACAAAUAAUAAAUGUA